AUGACAAAUAAUGCCGUGUCAUCGACUGUUACUGCUUUGCUGAAUCGAGCUAAAGCAAAAUAUGUGGAUACGGCGAAGAUUGACAUACUGUCAGCUUUAAGUGGUUUUCCUGAUCUCACACCAAACGUUGAAGAUUUCAUUUACCCUGACAAGACGUGUACGCUUGCAUUUUGUCUGAAGGGCACUAUUCCUGUUUUUUAUAAGGGCAAAACAUACAACAUACCAGUAGCUUUAUAUCUCUGGGACACUCACCCUUAUUAUGCGCCAAUAUGUUACGUGUGUCCAACGCCGAACAUGGUGCUGAAGGAAUCAAAAACGGUGGAUGACCUAGGACGCAUCUCUUUGCCGUACCUUAGUGAUUGGACUUUCCCAGGAUAUGAUUUAAGUGGCUUAUUACAGGUUAUGGCAAUGUGCUUCCAAGAUUCCUGCCCCGUCUUUGCGAGGCCUGGCAGCAAUUCACAUGUAUCAGCUGUUGGAUCGGUAUGGGAUCGGUCUGCUGGUCAAAUUCAAAGCUACAUACCAUAUCCAGUUUCGAAUACAUCUGGAGUACCGCCGUAUCCAACGUCAUUUACUUCUUAUUAUCCUUUGAUGCCAUCUUUCAAUGAUAAUGUUAGCAGUGGCACAGUUCAACCGGAACACUUGAAAGCAUCGGUGAUGAGUGCUGUUGAACACAAAAUUAGACAGCGCCUUCGCGAAAAAUUAGGAACAAUGCAUGCGGAAUUAGCCUCAAUAAGACAAACUCAUGCAGAUUUACGUGCCGGCCAACAGAAGCUCAAAGUUAUUUUGGACGAUUUAGCGCAAGAACAAAAACGGAUGGAGGGCGCACUGAUUGUGUAUCAGGAAAAGAAAGCCGAAAUUAGCUCUGUUUUAUCAACGUCGUCCCCGGAAAAAACUGUUGAAAUUGAUCAGGUGAUUGAUGCUUGUACACCCUUGCACAAACAGUUACUGUGUUGCUACGUUUAUGACUGUGCUAUCGACGAUGCUAUCUAUUUCCUUGGUCAAGCGCUAAGUCGUGGUCGCAUCAGUUUAACAAAUUAUUUGAAAGAAGUACGUCAGCUUUCACGCCGGCAGUUUAUUUAUCGUGCAACGCUUCAGAAAUGCCGUAUUAAAGCGAAAAUGCCUGUAUAA